AUGUCUGCUCUAGCAACCGAAGACUAUCGAAUGCGCAACCGCAAGCCGUACUCAGGCUCCGAGGGACCACCAGUGCCACCAAAGCCAGAUACCUACAACGCUACUGCAAAGCCCUAUCGCAACGCCACGGCUGGGACACACAGGCAUGGCGCAAUAUCCAAACCACUUCCAGCACUUCCAGGAUCACGAUCGAUGAAUACAGCUAGCUCCAAUCUGCAGUUGAAGCCUUUGCCGAUACCUCCUAAAAGCUCGACGUUGCAGCUGACUCUUCUCUGGGUUGCCGCGUUUUUUGUGUGGUUCCUACUGAUUGUGGUUUUACUACCUGUGGUCACGGAAAAGGAUGCAAUGCCUGGAUUUAAUAGGUGGCUCCGAGAAUGGCGCUGA